GAGGCGGAGAGAGAGAGAGGGGAAAAAGAACCAACCACCGGGGGCCGGACGGGCGGAUUAUGAAGUGCCCCACUACGGGACAAGGGUUAUUUUCUGAAGUGGAGGCUGCAGGGGGAGACCUUGAAAAUCUCUUGUUACCUUACCAGUACCAUGCUUGCCAACAUGUCCCUAUUUUCCCAUUCAGGUGAAUGGGGAAAUAGGAAUACGUUGGCAGGUGUGCCAUACAAGUAAGAAGUUUUGCUUGUCUAAGCCUCCUUAGACAUUUUUAUGGAAAGGCGGGUAUUGUCUUUGGAUGAUGAGCUUGUAGGUUUCUGAUAUUGUCCAAGUGAUUUCCCAUCAGAUGGAAGAAAAGUGGCCUUCCAAAGAUACUGGUGGUGCUGGUGAUAGUGAUGGUGGUGGUGAUAACUCUCAGAAUGCACAAAACAAAAGGAAGUGUGAUUCCGCUUCUGGUUCAGCAACAACCAUCCACCAGAGUCUUGAGAACCUUGUGUCUAAUUCUGCAGUCUCUUUGGAUUUGAGUCGAAGGGAUCUACAGCACCUAACUGGGAAUAUUUACAAGUUUCUAAACCUUAAACAUUUGCAUUUGGAAGGAAAUGCCCUGUCAUUGAUUCCUGGAGAUUUUUUUCAGCGCCUGCCAAACCUUGUUUGGCUGGACCUGCGGUAUAACAAAAUUAAAGAGCUUCCCUCUGAAAUUGGAUGCCACAGACAGUUGAAAACUCUUCUGUUAGAAAGGAAUCCUAUCAAAAGACUUCCUGUGCAGCUUGGCAACGUAACUUCACUUACAGCCUUGAAUCUCAGGCAUUGUCCUCUAGAGUUUCCACCUCUUGAGGUGAUACAGAAGGGCCUGUCAGCUAUUUUAAGCUUCCUUCGAAAGUACAGGAAUCAGAAUCUUGACUGCUCAGAACCUGUUUCUCCAGAGCCACCUUCUCUGCUAGAACAAGAAGCAAAGGCCAUUGUUAGAGAAUACAAGAGAAAAUGCGACAGACCACCAGAUCGUAGGAAAGCUUUCAGCGAUUUGUGGAAACACCUGAGCAUGAUUAAAAUGCCUACUGUUGAAAAGUUAAACUUGACAGACCUCAUGAAAUCCAGUUUGGAUUUGUCAGACGGAUGGCCUAAUGAGGAAGAAAUGAUACGAUUUCAGAAGCUGAGGGAUGAAUUUAUACAGGAUGAAAGAGAAGAAUAUUUGUCUAACAAAAUGACAACCAAUGAAUCCAUGUCUUCACUACCUACAACCAAGACAAAGGGGAGCUUCUCCUGUAAAUCAUCCAAGGUUUCAUCUAGGGGCAAGAGGAGCAUAUUUCCUGCAGUUUCAUCAUAUGACUUCCUUGUUCAGAGUAAGAGGGUUGAAGACUUCAGAUUGGCAGCCCUAAAGGAAAUGAAGGAAAAACAGGACUUAAUUGAACAGCGGAGAAAAGAUAAAGAAGUACUUCAGAAAUGGAGGAGACAGGCCAAGUUGAUGAGAGAGAGGAAGGGAACAUUGUACACAUUGUCACCUGACAAAGGAGAUGCGGUUUCACAAUAUGCGCCAUAUGCUACCGAUGAUAUCAACGAUCACAGCACGCUAGGAGACUGGAAAGACCUAAACAAACAAGAUGAACGGAUGGAGACAGCACUGAAUAUGGACCCAAUGACAUUUACUGACGAGUUAAGAGCUGCCAAAUACAAGGAGGUGGCAAACCGCAUCAAACAGCACACAGAAAUGAUGAAAGAAAGAAGGAAAAAACUGUCAGGGAUACCCCAAGAGGAUAUGGAAAGAGCAAAACAAGACUUUGAAACUGCUGAAAAACUGGAAGAGGAGGUUGAAAUCUUGAAAAAAGGCCUUCACAAGGAAUAUCGCUUCACUGCCUUUACAGGAGAGUUGCCACCUUCAAUGAAGCAUUCACUACCAACUCCAAAACCUCAAAAUAUCUUUUCUAACAUGACAUUUUAAUUAUAUAAAGGCGUAUUUCUCAUACAGCA